AAUGACCACGGGCCGCGAUUGGGCGACUGUGGAAGGGGCACUUCCGCUGUCCAGGUGCUUGGGUUCUUCGGCAGGAGCAGCAAGAUGGGGCUCGGUGCCGCGGCCCGUGCUUGGUCCCUCUUGUGGCUGCUGCUGCCCUUGCUUGGCCUGGUCGGCGCUAGCGGCCCCCGCACCUUGGUGCUGCUGGACAACCUCAACCUGCGGGAGACGCAUUCGCUUUUCUUCCGGAGCCUGAAGGAUCGGGGCUUUGUACUCACAUUCAAGACCGCAGAUGACCCCAGCCUGUCCCUCAUUAAGUACGGGGAGUUCCUCUAUGACAAUCUCAUCAUCUUCUCCCCUUCGGUAGAAGAUUUCGGGGGAAAUAUCAACGUGGAGACCAUCAGUACCUUUAUCGACGGUGGAGGCCGUGUCCUUGUAGCUGCCAGCUCAGACAUUGGUGACCCUCUUCGAGAGCUGGGCAGUGAGUGUGGGAUCGAAUUUGACGAGGAGAAAACAGCUGUCAUCGACCAUCACAACUAUGACAUCUCAGACCUUGGCCAGCAUACGCUCGUCGUGGCCGACACGGAGAACCUGCUCAAGGCCCCGACCAUCGUGGGGAAGUCGUCUCUGAAUCCCAUCCUCUUUCGAGGUGUCGGGAUGGUGGCUGAUCCUGACAAUCCUUUGGUGCUGGACAUCCUGACGGGCUCUUCCACCUCCUACUCCUUCUUCCCCGAUAAACCCAUCACCCAGUACCCCCAUGCCGUGGGGAAGAACACCCUCCUGAUCGCGGGGCUGCAGGCCAGGAACAACGCCCGGGUCAUCUUCAGCGGCUCCCUUGACUUCUUCAGCGAUGCCUUCUUCAACUCGGCGGUGCAGAAGGCCGCGCCCGGCUCCCAGAGGUAUUCCCAGACAGGCAACUACGAGCUAGCUGUGGCGCUUUCCCGCUGGGUGUUCAAGGAGGAGGGUGUCCUGCGUGUGGGGCCUGUGUCCCAUCAUCGGGUGGGCGAGACAGCCCCGCCCAACGCCUACACUGUCACUGACCUAGUGGAGUACAGCAUCGUGAUUGAGCAGCUCUCAGACGGCAAAUGGGUCCCCUUUGAUGGUGACGACAUUCAGCUGGAGUUCGUCCGCAUUGAUCCUUUUGUGAGGACCUUCUUGAAGAGGAAAGCUGGCAAGUACAGCGUCCAGUUCAAGUUGCCUGACGUGUACGGCGUGUUCCAGUUCAAAGUGGAUUACAACCGGCUAGGCUACACACACUUAUACUCUUCCACUCAGGUGUCAGUGCGGCCCCUGCAGCACACGCAGUACGAACGCUUCAUCCCCUCGGCCUAUCCCUACUACGCCAGCGCCUUCUCCAUGAUGGUGGGGCUCUUCAUCUUCAGCGUCGUCUUCUUACACAUGAAGGAGAAGGAGAAGUGUGACUGAGGGGCCGGCGCCCCGGACUCCUUACAACAGAGACGGAGGGUUUUUAUAGGAUUGCUUUUUCUCCCCUCUAUGGUGGGUUUUUCUGGGGGGUUUUGUUUUUUUUAAAGCCACGGACAGUGGCACAGCUUACCUCAGCGGGAGAUGGAACAUCGAGUACCAAGGGGUGGGGGGUUAGGGAAUAAUUUCUGAGUUUUUCCACCUUGAAUGCUAAGUGUGUUUUUCACAUGUGAAGUCAGCUCUCAUUUCUAAAAUAAAGAGAAACGUCGCCCUCAAACUUCA